AUGCGAUGUUCGUUUAGAGGUGGCAUGGAACUCCUUUUCAACAAAAUACGGAACCAUCGCGUUUCGCUUCCUUCCACUACGUCAGAUAAGAAACCCACAAACAUGGCCUAUUUAAUUCCCUGGAUACGAGAUAAUCUCUCAAAGAGAGAACGUCCAGGGAUCCUCGUUCUGAUCAACGAUGUCGAUUGGGAACUUGAAGAUGAAGAAGACUACGUCUUGAAAGAUGGGGACGAGAUCGUGUUCAUUUCGACUUUACAUGGUGGCUGA